UGCAACAUAAAGCACUCAGGAAACUGAAGUAGAUCUUAUAAUUAUUGUUGCUGUUUGACCGCGUCGCACAGGAAAAUGAAGUGGCGUGGAUUACUCAUAACAAUAAUUCUGAGGGCAUUGACUUGCUCUGCUCAAGAAUCAGAAAUCAAUCAUAAGCCCAUCUUGACUCGUGAACCUUCCAGUAAAGACAUAUACACGGGAGACAGUGUCACCCUGACCUGUGCAAUUGGGGAAGAUUCUGAAGGCUGGAAUUAUUUCCUGUACAAAGACACACAGGAACUGCCCACAAGUGACAGUGGAAGUACUGCUGGAUGCAGUUAUACCAUCAGCUCUGCUGCUCUGUCACACAGUGGAGAGUACAGGUGUAUCGCUCAGAAUAGGAGUACAGGCUCUUAUUCUGAAUACAGUGAUUCUUUAAAAUUAAAUAUACAUGCUCGACCACAGGCAGCACUGACCUUGGAGUCUGGAUGGACAGAGAUAUUCAUAACAGAAAGUGUGACUAUGAAGUGUGAGAUUGAGGGGGAGUCUACUGAGUGGAUUUAUAAAUGGUACAGAAAUGGACAGCAGUUUCCUGUAGACAAAACAGUCCCCAGUAAGAGAAAUGGAGACACAUACACAAUCUUCUCUGCUGAGCAGUCACACAGUGGCAAAUAUACAUGUAUAGGGGAAAACAGAAAAAAAACACUUUUCUCUGAAACUAGCAAUGCUUUUACAGUGAAGGUGUCCGCCCUACCUAAACCUGUACUGACUCUGGAGUCUGGGUGGACAGAGAUAUUCACCACAGAAAAAGUGACUCUGAAGUGUACAAUUAAUAUGGAUUCUGCUGAAUGGAUAUAUAAAUGGUACAGAGAGGGACAGGAGCUUUCUUUAGACAAGGCCGGUUCCAGCAGUAGGAACAGAAACAGAUACACAAUCCCCUCUGCUGCUCAGUCAGACAGUGGAAAAUAUACCUGUAGAGGUCAACAUAGAAGAAAAUCACUUCCCUCUGAAAGCAGUGAUGCUGUUACACUGCAGGUGUCUGCUCUACCUAAACCUGUGCUGACGUUGGAGUCUGGAUGGACAGAUAUAUUCACCACAGAGAAAGUGACUCUGAAGUGUGCGAUUCAGAUGGAUUCUGCUGAGUGGAUCUAUAAAUGGUACAGAGAUGGACAGGAGCUUCCUGUAAACAAGGCCAGUUUCAGCAACAGUAACAGAAACAGAUACACAAUCUCCUCUGCUGCUCAGUCAGACAGUGGAAAAUAUACCUGUAGAGGUCAACAUAGAAGAAAAUCACUUCCCUCUGAAAGCAGUGAUGCUGUGACACUGCAGGUGUCUGAUACAAAACCAAAGCCCACCCUGACCCUGGACCUCGUCUAUGGAGAAAUAUACACAGGAGAUAGAAUUACCCUGAUAUGUGACGCUGGGGGACAUUCUGUUGGCUGGAAGUAUCUCUGGUAUAAAGACACACAGGGAGCAGUCCUACUCAACACUGACAGCAGUAGGACUGAUGGGUCCAGUUACACCAUUAGCUCUGCUGCUCUGUCCCACAGUGGAGAGUACUGGUGUCGAGCUAGAAGGGGAAAAGUGUUCUAUUACACUGAUCACAGUGAUUCUCUGCAUAUAGAAAUCAUAGCUCGACCACAGGCAGCACUGACCAUGGAGUCUGGAUGGACAGAGAUAUUCAUAACAGAAAGUGUGACGAUGAGAUGUGAGAUUGAGACGGGCUCUGCUAACUGGAGCUAUAAAUGGUACAGAAAUGGACAGCAGUUUCCUGUAGACAAAACAGUCCCCAGUAAGGGAAAUGGAGACACAUGCACAAUCCUCUCUGCUGCUCAGUUACAUAAUGGGCAAUAUACCUGUAGAGGAGAAAGUAAUUUUAAUCCAUUUUACUCCAACAACAGUAAUUCUGUGAUACUGAAGGUAUUUGAAACAAAGCCAAGGCCAAUUAUGACACAGGAACUCCCCAUUGGAGAGAUAUACACAGGAGAUAGGGUCACCCUGACCUGUGGGCUUGUGGGAAAUUCUGCUGGAUGGGAGUAUCUCUGGUACGAAGAUAGACAAGGACUAGUUCUCCUCAACACAGACAGCAGCAGGACUGAUGGGUCCAGUUACACCAUUGAGUCUGCUACUAUAUCCAACAGUGGAGAGUACAGGUGUCAAGCCAGAAGGGGGACUGUGCCCUUUCAUUCUCAAAGCAGUGAUACUCUUACAUUAAACAUAUCAGUAGAGGCUCGACCUCAGGCUGUGCUCAUCCUGGAGACUGUAUGGACAGAGAUUUUCACUACAAACUAUGUGACAAUAAAAUGUGAAGUUAAGGACAGCUCUCUUGAGUGGAACUACACAUGGUACAGAGAUGGACAGGAGGUUCCACAAAAUGCAAGUGACUUUGGUAGAGGAUAUGCAGAGAGAUUCACAUUUAAUUCUGCAACUGAAUCACAGAGAUCUAAUUUCAGCUGCAGAGGGAAGAGGGAAAUGAAACCCACCUACUCCUUUGAGAGUGAUGUUCUUAUACCCAAGGAUAUCAUUCAGAAAUGGAAGGUCAUUGUGGGUUUUUCUUGUACUCUGAGUCUGAUUGUGUUUCUUGUAGUCUUGUUCUUGUUUUGUAUGAGGAUCUGCAAAACAUCAGGUCAGAGCACUAAAAAUCAAGAAGAUAUGUUUAUUUCAAUGAACGACCAAAAAUCCCAAAACUCAGGUAAUCCCAUAAUUCAGAAUCUUUACAAAAUAAAAGACUGUUCUCUUGAAAACAUAUAUGCAGGAAACUCUAUGGAAGAGACUACCAGUUUAAAGUUUCUCAACAAAGAUACUAGUCAACUCACAGAAAAAAAUAUAGGUAUACUCUCUUCUUUUAAAGAGCAACCAGUAAAAGAAGAAAUGCGUGAACUCUCUUCAUUCAUAGGGCGAAAGACAAGCAAUGAAAGUCAGAGUUUCAUACAGUGAAAUGUGCAUGGAGAAGAAAAAAUGUUUUGUUUUAAUUCAGAGAUAGUAUUUUUGUUUUUUUGUAUAUUUGUGAGUAUUAACUCUACAUAGAACUCAGACAAUUAUAAGGACAUUGACUAAAUUGAGAAACGAUACAGCAUCUAAACAGUGCCAUGAAUAUACUGUAUAUCAUUAAUGUGAGUACAUGCUUAAUUUAAUUAAAUUAAUUAGCAAUGGUGUGAGGUGUGGGACUAAAAUUAUCAUAAGUGGCUUCUAGUCUUCAACUGAUUAUCUCCUGUGCCUUUUAGCUUUUAAAUAUUAUUUUUAAUGUAUAUAAUUAAUAUCUUGUAUUU